AUCUUUGGCUUGAACCACAUAUUUCUAUAUUUGCUUUUGUUUGGGCGGAGGUAAGUGGGUCCGCGUAAUCCACUUCAUCCCCAGCCCCAGGGAAUUGAAAAACAAAAAAAUUUACGAGAAACUUCUUCUUCCUUUCUCUCUGUAUUUUCCAUGUCUUCUUUCAACCCAUGUUUGUGAGCUUGUGGCACGGUCAUUAGUCCAUAGAUUACAGCAAGUGGUAUUUGCUUGAUAUAGCUUUGUGAUCUUGGUGGAAGACCGGCGUAUCUGUGAUUCCUGUUAGCUUGAUUGUUCAAUUUGAUGACUUCUUGAACUUCUCAACCAUGAAUUUAUGGUUCCUUGGUGCUUUCCCAUGGUUUAGGGGCCAACCUCGCAAUGAUUUGGUGAUCACUCUGAAUUCCACGAGUGGCCUUGUCCAACAAUCUAAACAGAAAGAUUGCUUUGGUAUCAAGUUGUGGGGAUGGUCCUUGCUUUCAUUGCUUCCCUGGGCAAUCAAUGCUAGAGAUAGAAUUCAAACACCGGCCACUGUUAAUAGAGGAUUAAAGAGGCGAGCGCAACCUCCUGGGGCUGUUGAAAAUGGUGGCAAGGUUGUGGCUUUGCGCUUUAGACCAUAUGUUUCAAAGGUUCCAUGGCAUACAGGUGUAAGAGCAUUUCUUUCUCAAUUAUUUCCGCGAUAUGGGCAUUAUUGUGGACCUAAUUGGUCCAGUGGAAAAGAUCAUGGAUCUCCAAUUUGGGACAAGCGGCCAAUUGAUUGGUUGGACUUCUGCUGCUACUGCCAUGAUAUUGGUUAUGACACACAUGAUCAGGCCAAGCUACUUCAGGCCGACUUGGCGUUUCUCGAGUGUUUGGAGAGACCAAAUAUGAGUACAAAAGGAGAUCCUCAGAUUGCAGUUCUUUAUAAGACGAUGUGCAUUACAGGUCUCAAGAAUAUACUACUACCUUACAGAAGCCACCUUGUUAAGCUGCAGUCUGGGCAACCUUUGAUUGAUUUUGGAUGGAUAAGCAACGUAAAAUGGAGAAGUUGGAGUUUUCAGAAGAGUUCAAGAUAAAUCGUGUGUUCUGAGACAUAGUGAGCUAUACAAUUUCACAGUGCAUUUGAUAUUGAAUCUAAAGAGAUGGUAAAAAAAAAAAAAAAGAUAACUAUUCUCACAUUUACUUGGUUUGAAGUUUCUCUCUUUGAGAGCUCUGGAGCAACUUAAGAUAAUUGUGCAUCUAAAGUUUGUAAAUUUGAACCCCCUUUAGCCCUUAAGGCAGUAUAAUUGUAAUAUAUGUACUCUAUGUUGAAAUGUACAGAUAUGAACUUUA